GUUCGAAAGACCCUCGACGGCAGGAUUGAACUCUGAGAGCUCGUUACUUCUCAAUGAAGAUUUUCCUGAAUUUUCAGGCAUUUGUAAUUACGGGUACACCUACAUGCUAGACCGCAGUUCAAUGCUUAUGAUACCAUGCAAUAAUCUUGACCGAAUAAUUUGAUCACACUAUCUACUACCUUCGAGCAACGCACGGAAAAAAAGCCGAAUCUUGCAAGGCAGUCGCUGAGAUUGGGCAAAGGUCGGAGAAGGACUAUACGGUACGAUUUGAUCGGGUUUUCCCAAACUCUGAUUCAAGGAACAAAUACUCAGAACAACGAACUAGUUCUGUAGGACCACGGAUAGAAACUUCAGUUGGUCCAACCAACAGAGCAUGAUAUUCGGGGCAAAAGAAUGUCUGGUGAAUGCGAAUCCGGCUAGAUGCGCAAAUAAAACUUGAAUGAGUUUGCUAGUACAGAAUGGCGAAGAAUGACGCCCUUCUGUCUGAAUAUGAGGGUGCUAAUGGGCAGGAGUAAGUGAGUGUUAGGUACAAGAACGAGAAAGGGAGAGGUUAGGAGAGACAUGGACUUCGAGGAGUUUGUGCAUUGCAAGCAAUUUGCGUUUCGAGUUGAGACUGUGAAGACGUCACAUUCGGGUGUGAGGAUAGGGUUUCGGUCGACUCCUCACCAGAACACACCAACUGACAUAUUGAGACAGCUCGUGCCUCGGCAGGGUUGGAUCACGGAAGAAUUGACAGUGGUACAAUUACGGAUGGAAACCCGAGGAGUACUGAUGCGUGGACUUGAUCCAUGUGGUGGACUGAAAUGCUUAAGGGAAGGACCAAACGAGACGAUCAAGCAAUCGACUGAAGUGGUGGCGAAUGGGUAA